UCCCCACUGUUUACCUUAACCUAACAAAUCUAUCCGGCCGGGUCAGACCCGCGCCUCGAGAUGCUAUUUUCAAGUUGAAUCUUAUCUAAUCUUCAGAGAGUGAUUCAAUCUUUAGAAUUCGUGCUGUUUAAUGCUUUUCCAACAUUACUCACCGAGAAUGUGUCGGCUGAUAGUGCUAAUUCUCGUGGUUUGCGUGUGUCAAACUUCGGGAGUGAAAGCGUGUGCUAAGGGUGAUCUUGUUCAGGACAUAACUGACGGUUUUGAGUCGGGCUCGGUCAUCGUCAAAGACAACGUACGGUACGAAUCCCACAAUUUUUAUCGGGAAGGCCAUACCAUCUGGGGUUGCGUUUGCGAGGUCACGAAAUGCCUGAGGAAAUGCUGUCAGGAUGGUUUCAGUCCUGUCAGAGUGGGUAAAGACAGGAUUUGCAAGCCUUCAUCUACUCCGAAGCAACUCCUUUCCACCUCUCUGAGGGAAAAUGUGCACACCAAGGACUACAAACUGUUCCACGCGGGUUUUAUAUGCGACACUCCUGAUACCCUGGCUUUGAGAGAGACGAACUUGGACAAAGAUUUGAACGGAGGUUUUUUGAACGCCUUCGGGAUGUCCCUAGGUGUUAAGAAUUUCUGUUUGGAUCAUGUGCAAGACAGACUCACUUCCAUCAUCUGUGUCACGACUGAGGAGGAAUUGGUUUUCAAGUCAGUGGGUAUGAUAAUAUCGAUGCCAUUCCUGCUGGUCACUUUUCUAGUUUAUGCUCUCUUACCUGAUCGGAAUCUGCAUAUGAAAGCUCUCAUGUGCUACGUCAUCAACUUGCUCCAUGCCUACAUUUUCCUAGUCACCAUACAAUUAACUGAUGAAGUUUUUGAAGACACCGUUUGUGCAAUUUUGGGUUACUGUUGUGUGUUCUUCUUCUUAGCAUCGUUCUUUUGGAUGAAUGUCAUAUGUGUCGAUAUAUUUUUGGGCUUCAGGGGUUUUCGUGGAGUUCCCGGAGUCAGAUCAUCGGAAAGGAAGAGAUUCAUUUUGUAUUGCAUAUAUGCCUGGGGAAUGUCUUUACUCAUUGUAUUCAUCACUUUCAUGGUAAACCAUUUCGGUAAUGUGGGACAAUGGUUUUACCCAGGAGUUGCAGUUGGACAAUGUUUCAUCAGAAAUGGUAUCCCACAACUCCUGUACUUCUACGGGCCAAUGGGAAUAAUCAUAAUACUAAACGUGGUCCUUUUCACCCUAACCGCCAUGAGAAUAAGGCGUGUAAAGAAGGAUACUGCCAUGCUGAAACACAGCGAAAGUAAAAGACAUUCCGAUGACGAUCAACAAAACUUCAAUCUCUAUCUGAAACUGCUUCUGGCGAUGGGAGUGAACUGGUCAAUGGAGCUCGUUUCUUGGGCAGUGAAUCUGAACAACAAAGCUGUUCCGCAGUACGUCUGGUACUUGUCAGACUUCUGCAACGCCACCUAUGGCGUGUUCAUCUUCUUCAUCUUCGUGUUCAAGAGAAAUAUAUGGAAACAGUUGAGGAGAAGGUAUUAUUCUUUCAUGGGACGCCAUCAUAUGGCCCAUUCCAUGGGAACCACUAAUUUCACAAAAACUACUAACGAUUCCAUGACUGUAUCAACGAAUGAUCGUGCUUUGGAAGAGAGCGAACUGAACGGAACAAGAAUCAAUUGAUUCGGAGAUAUUCCAUCAUAAAAAGGAAUAUUCUUAGUCGUACCUGUAAAGAAAAUUCAUCGAGAGUCCUCCUUUAUGGACCUUCUGCCGUUAUUGACGAAAUCUCGCUUUGAUUGAAUCGAUAAUGAGCUUGGUUCUAUUUAUUAUCUACCUUAAAUAUUAUCUUCCAAAAAUUGAUGUUUUUCACGGAACGCGUACUGUUAUACACCACUCGAAUCAAAGUCAUGCUGAAAAACCUAGAAUUGAAUGAAGUGGGGGAUUGAUUUACAAAGAUAUUAUCAUGCAACAAAUGUGUUUUCCCUCUUAUUUGAGACCAAAGCUCCAAAUAUGAUAGGAAAGCAAAUUUUUGAUUCAUUUCUGUAAAGAAGAAAAUAUGUGCUCUCCCGCAGUUCAAACAUUUUUAUCACUUUUCUACCUUUCUUAUAAAAAUGACUUUACAAUAAAGUUCGUUUUAUUUAUUACCAUAUGUUGCAUAAGGUAUGUAUGUAUAUUGUAUUAGAUAUAAGAGAUGAUGAAUGUAAAAAUUUGUAACAAUGUUCACUGUAUGUAGCAUUUACCAAAGAAAUAAAAGUUUAAUGUUUCA